CCCUGCGCCGCUGCCAUCGACGUCGUCGGAGCUCUCGAAUUCGAAACCCUAGACGGCUUCGAGCUUGAAUCAAUGAUCAUGGAGGCGAACUCUAUGGAUUUCAAGGUUGGAGAGCUCCUGAAAGAGGUAAGGAUCGAUUCCGCCGCCUCGAAAACCCUUGAUAAAGCUGUCUCUUCCAUUGUGGAUGCGAUAAAAGCGAUUCCGGAGCGAGUAGUGUCGUCAAAGGGAGCUCAGAAAUUCAUUGAGGAUCUUCGAGUUCCGGCAAAGAAGGCACGGUUCACUUUCAAGAGCCCGGAGUCCGUCAUUGUCGCCGGGAGUCACUCGAUUAGGUCCAUUGCUCGGCCGGAUAUCAAUGUCGACCUCUUGGUUCGGAUGCCCAAGGAAUGUUUUCAUCGGAAUGACUACUUGAACCAUCGGUAUCAUGCAAAGAGAUGCCUUUACCUUCGGGUCAUUGCAAAGAGCUUGAAAUCAUCUCCUUUAGUGCAGAAAGUAAGGUGGUCAACCUUCCAGAAUGAAGCACGGAAGCCUGUUUUGAUUUUGUCUCUAGUGCCUGAGCUUUCUGAACUACAUGGAUGUUACAUAAGGAUAAUCCCCACUGCUUCUUCUAUAUUUGAUACUUCAAGGUUGAGCUUGGAAAAAAACAAUGUUCGUGAAGUCAGUCAGGAUGGCAUUUCUCAACCAACUCCAAGGUACAAUAGCAGCAUACUGGAAGACAUGUUUUUGGAGGACAAUGCAGAAUUUGUCAAAAAAAUGUUUCUUGAAUGGAGUAGUUUGGAAGAGGCUUUAGUCUUGGUUAAGGUUUGGGCUCGUAAUCGAAGUUCCAUCUAUAUGCAUGAUUGCUUAAAUGGUCACUUGAUCUCUGUCAUAGUGGCAUACCUUGCAACAAGAUCUGGAGGAAAUUGCAUCAACAAGUCAAUGAAUGCAAUGCAGAUUUUCCGAAUUACAUUAAAAUUUAUUGGUACUUCUAGUGCAUGGGACAGGUGCCUUUCUCUACAGCCUCUGGGGCAAUAUAAUCUUUCUCAGGAGGAUCUGAAACAAUAUCUACAAACUUUUGGUGUUGUUUUAUUGGAUGCAUCGGGAUGUUUGAAUUUAACAUUUCGAUUGAAAAGGGCAGCCUUUUCAGAGCUUCAAGAUGAGGCUGUUCGCACACUUAAAUGCAUUGAAAAAUAUGGAGAUGGUGGAUUUGAAGAGAUAUUUAUGACAAAGGUUGACUUUGCUGCUAAAUUUGAUUCUUUCUUGAGAAUCAAUCUGAAGGAUUGUAGUAGGCUAUAUAUGCCAGGCUUCUGUUUGGAUGAUGAAUGUUGGAGAACAAGUGAAGACAAACUGCACUCACUUUUGAAACAAGGACUGAAUGAUAGAGUGAAAUUAAUUCGAGUGACCUGGAAAAAUGCACCUUUUGAAUGGAACAUAGAAGAUGGUCUGUCAAAGUUCAGUGAUGAACCGAUGCUUGUUGGCAUGUUAAACAGUACACAAGAAAAGAGUUUUCGAGUUGUUGAUGUCGGUCCAAGUCCUGAGGAUAAAGAAGAGGCUAUCAAGUUCAGAAAAUUUUGGGGAGAAAGAGCAGAGCUUAGAAGGUUUAAGGAUGGAACCAUAGCAGAGAGCACAGUUUGGGACUGUGAAUCCUGGGAGAGGCAUCUCAUUAUUAAAAGAAUUACUGAAUACAUUCUCUGGAAGCAUUUCCUCCUACCAAAGGAGGACAUAAUACAUACAGCGGAUCAGCUUGAUUUCUGUCUUCAUCUCGAUGGCAAAGAUUCUGCAUCAUUUUCCGGUAGCCUUCUUGGGGCAUUUGAAACUCUGUCCAAGAGAUUACGCAAUAUAAAGGAAAUUCCAUUGAAGAUAUCAAGUGUGCAACCAUUAGAUCCAGCUCUAAGGCAUACCUCUGUCUAUCCUCCUCCACCUCAUCCUUUGGCUUUCGAAAAUAGUGUUAGCCAGAAACCACCAAAAUUUGCUACAACCUGCAUCCACUCUCUUGAAGUUAUGAUUCAGUUAGAGGGAUCAGGAAAUUGGCCAUUGGAUAAUAUAGCAAUCGAGAAAACUAAAGCUGCUUUCCUUUUGAAAAUCGGAGAAAGUCUUCAGGAUAAGUGGGGUGUAAUUUGUGAUGCAACUGAUGAUGAGGUGAAUGUCCUAAUGUCUGGCCAUGCCUUUCGUCUUAAAAUUCUUCAUGAAAGAGGUGUAAACCUAUUGAAAAACCAAGAAACUAAUAAAAUGAAAAGCACUUCACUGAUAGACAAGGAGCUAUUCCUCCGCAGCCAACACUCGAGCAUGAUUAAUGGUUUACACGGUCGAUAUCCUACAUACGGGCCAGUUGUGAGGCUUGCAAAGCGAUGGGUUUCAUCACAUCUAUUUUCUUCUUUCCUAACAGAGGAGGCAAUUGAAUUGGUUGUUGCAUACCUAUUUUUGAAUCCAUUUCCAUUUCUUGCACCGUCCUCCCGGAUUACUGGAUUUUUGAGGUUCUUGCGGUUGCUAUCAGACUAUGAUUGGACCUUCUCUCCCAUGAUUAUUGAUAUAAACGAGGAUUUCACGUCGGAUGAUUUAAAGGAGAUCAAUGAAAACUUUAUGCUUAGCAGGAAAUCAUACGAAGAAAAUGCUCAAGAGGUAGAGCCUGCUAUGUUCCUGGCUACGGCAUAUGACAAGUCCUCUGAAGCUUGGACCAAACAUUCUCCAAACAAAACGGUACUUAAGCGGAUGGCUUCUUACGCCCGGAGCUCUGCAGACCUUUUGACGAACCUCAUCAUGCAGGGCAGCUCUGGUCCUUACACAUGGGAGUGUUUGUUCCGGACACCCUUAAACAACUAUGAUGCCAUAGUUCUUCUUCAUCAAGAUAAACUCUGUAAUCCUCACCAGGUUUUGUUCCCAACUGAGAUGAGCCCAGGAAAGCAUGUUAUUCGGGGGAAAGCUAGUAAUGAUUUUCAUGCCUACAUGUCACGUGGUGGUUCGAAUAAAAUCGUCGAAGAUGCAAAGGAUAAGCUGAUGAUAAACUUCGACCCAACCAAAUGCCUAUUAGAUGAUCUAAGGAAAGAGUUCCCGGAUACUUUCGAGGUGUGGUAUGAUUCCAUCGGUGGUGACGCAAUUGGCCUGACAUGGAAGAGAAGUUCGAAGAAACGUGGCCGGGAAUCAACUGGCAAUGACGAGGUUAAUGGAGAACCAGUAGACAUGCUGAAAAAUGUAGGAGAGAUUGGCAAAGGGUUUAUAAGGAGUGUUUACCUUCUCAAAGCUCCAAGACUCCAGGAUCAGUCAUGAUCAAACAGUAGCACCAAUCAAAAUCAUUAGAAGAUAUUUAAUUGUUUUUAUUUUGAGUGAUGUAUUAUUAUUAUUAUUAUUAUUAUUAUUAUUUUCUGCGAAAUUGUUGUAUUAUAAUCAGAGGGGGAAUGUUUUGGUGGUUUAUUUGCAGCCUGUUUUGAAGUUCAUGGUAAAC